AUGGGAAAACGAUACUUCCACGCACAAAACUAUCGACGUUUAAAAGCAGAAUGUAUUCGAAAGAAACAGCUUUUUGUGGAUGUCCAAUUUCCCCCCACCAACGAUUCUCUGUUUCUGACACCGGUUAAUCCGGAAAUCGAUAUCAUAUGGAAACGACCAGGUGAGAUCGUUGACAAUCCACAGCUGUUUGUGGAGGGUGCUUCACCGAAUGACGUAACUCAAGGCAUACUCGGCAACUGCUGGUUCGUGUCUGCCUGUUCCGCGCUUACACACAAUCAAGCACUGCUCAAAAAAGUAGUGCCGGAUGCUAUUGGACAAGAAUGGGCGGACAGUAACAAUUACUGCGGUAUAUUCCGCUUUUGCUUCUGGCGUUUCGAUAAAUGGAUUGAAGUAGUUAUUGAUGACUUAUUGCCAACGCGAGAUGGAAAGCUACUAUUCGCACGAUCAAAAUCAUCCAAUGAAUUUUGGAGUGCUUUACUCGAAAAAGCUUUUGCCAAAUUGUAUGGUUGUUAUGAGAAUUUGGUGGGUGGCCAGUUAGCUGAUGCUCUGGAAGACAUAUCAGGUGGUGUGGCAGAAACAAUCAAUGUCCAGAAACAGCUGAUCAACGAUCAGACUGAUUCCUCUGGAAAACUGUUUCAUACAAUCAAAGCAGCUUUUGAUCAACAGGCGCUCAUCGUCGCUGCAAUCGCUACCAAAAAUAAAGAAGAGAUUGAAGAAACCUUGGAAUGUGGUCUAGUAAAAGGUCAUGCAUACGCAAUCACAGCAGUGCGUUUCGUCGAAGUGAAUGCCAAAAGUUGUUCAUUCUUAUUUUUCACUACGGUGGGCCGUCAAAUGAUGAUACGUUUGCAGAAUCCAUGGGGUGAGAAGGAGUGGAACGGGCCUUGGUCCGAUGGAUCCCAAGAAUGGGAACAGGUAACAGAUGCACAUAAAAAGGAGCUCGGUAUUACAGUUGAGGAGGACGGCGAAUUUUGGAUGCCAUGGAAUGAGUUUAUCCGUUAUUUUACGGAUCUUAGCGUAUGUCAAAUUUUCAAUACAUCAUUGUUCAACUUUGGCCCUAAAUUUUAUGAAUGGAAAUUUUUCGGCGAAUGGAAAUCAAAUGAAGCGAAACAAGGCUCACGAAAUGAUCGGGCGGGUGGAUGUAUCAAUUUCAUGGCAACAUUUUGCUGCAAUCCACAGUCGCAAAAGGCUGCCAUACUUCAGUAUCGAUUUGAUAUCGAUGUUGAGGAUUCUGAAGUGCGAUUCGCAUUAACACAAAAAGUGAAGGAUGAGGGUGAGAAAAACGUUGGACCGCUUGUGACUGUUGGUAUGCAUCUGAUGAGAGUAGAAGAUAAUCGGGUCUACAGAAUACAUCAGGCUAUAAAUCCGGAAGUAACAUCAGAUUAUAACUACAGUCGUUCAGUGUACUUACAUUGUAAGAAUUUGAGGCGGGGGCGUUAUAUUCUAUUCCCGACAACAUUCGCACCUCGCGAAUUUGCUAAAUUUUUGCUUCGAAUCUAUUCGGAACGAAAUAUCGCUCCUCGGGAACUCAAGAAAGAUACACCUGGUCGAGGACUGUGUUCUUGUAAAAAAGUGAACUCUGUUGCUCGAAUUACUAUUGUUGGCGCGAAAUUGAUUAACAGAAAUGAGGGUAACAGGUUAGCUAAAGUUCUUGUUAUUAAGCAGUACGUACAUAUGUUGUUAUCAAUUGCGAUAAAGAAGCAGUACGAACGAGGACAGCUGAAGGUAGCAAAGUCUUCUGGAAUCAGUGCUUCAUUUUUUAUAGAAUUGAUGGAAGACCGAACAAUUCAUGACCGAACUUUGGGUGUAGCACAUAUUGUGGGAAAUGUUGAUAAUGAUACGCGAUCUCUGGAAUGUGAUGUUGUUGCUGAAAAUCAUCCGAUUGCUACUCUAAGUGUCACUAUACAAUCCUAUGACGAUCCAAUCUAUUUAUGA